AUGAUUCGCACGCUUGACAUCGGCAGUGCUCUCCCCGGUCCCGACUCUCCCCCAGGAAUGACCACCUCAAAGAGCUCAAAGACCUCAUCUUUCCAAUCUUAUGACAGCGACGAUGCCAGUGUCAUGGCCGACAUUGGCCAUUUUGAAGAAAUUGGCCUCGACGAUGACAGCGUCACCCUCAAAAGUCCAUCAAAAGUCGACGUUCGCCCCAGUCUCCCCAAGGCUCACUCGAGUCGAUCUCUUGUAGCUGGCAAGACUCCUUCCAAAGCUCGACCGCCCUUCCCAACUCUCGAGACGAACGUAUACACCUCCAACCCCCGAAGCACCAACCUCAGCGCAUUGACAGAGCCCCUUUCUGCCACGCGCCCCAAGACCUUGACCAGUCCGUCCUCAGCCUCUCUCACAUUCAAUCGACGACGAAGCCCUAGUCCUGCUUCAUCACUCAACCCGAGAGAUCCGAGGGAACCUAGUUUCGCUGCAAAGCCCCGUCGAAGGAGCUGGCAGACCGCUCGCGAGCGCAAGUCCUUUACCGACCUCGAACGAGAAUGUGACGAGGAUGAUGGUGACGAUAUUCCGGAUGGCAUGUUUCUCGAUAACGUGCCGCUGUCCCCUCGGCCUAUGCAGGAGCGAACACCCAGCAGACCUGCAUCCACAUCACCCUCCCCAAAUCGAUCCAAGGAACGGGUUCGAAGUGUCGGAAACGGAACACCUGCUGUAGCACAAGCCUCGGGCUCUCUCCGUUCGCCAACUUGGAAGGUCGAUACUCCUCGCAGUCCUGCCCAAACACGAGCUCAUAGCUGGAACGCAGCACUGGCGGAACUGAAUGCUGAAGCCAAAACCCUGACCGAAAAGCUCGAAGAGCACGCCGACGAGAUAGUAGAGCAGCACAUCAAGCGCCCUGCGAAUCAGCGUCCCAACACCUGGAAUGCGUCUCGACGUUCUGCCGACAUGUACGAGAAGAAACAGCGCGUCAGAUCAACACCUGAGCUGCCACCUCUUCGCAAGACCAACAUUAUGAUCGACCCUCUUCCUGUUUCCAAGGAAAAGGAAGCUGUCUUGAGCCGCACGCGUCCAUCAUGGUUGCCACCCAAGGAUCCUGCUGAGGAACGCCGACACUUGAAGGAAUAUCAGAAAAUGAUGGCAGCCAGCGCAAAGGCUGAAGAGCGACGCGAAGCCUCCCGAAGAGCCAAGAUCGAAGGGCGAGACAGCACAGCUGACAAUCUGAUGCAAAUCUGGGAGAGGGACGUGAUUCCACGAUGGAAUGAGGCCAUCCGAGAGCGCAGGACAAGAGAACUCUGGUGGAAGGGCAUCGCGCCCCGCAGCCGAGGUGUUAUCUGGGGUCGAGCGAUCGGUAACGAACUCGGUCUGUCGGAAACAUCGUUCAAGGCAGCUCUUGCGAGAGCCCAAGAAAUCGAGGCCAGAGUCAAGGACGACAAGGGCGAUGCCGAGGAUGCCAAAAGGGCAAAGUGGUUCCAAGAAAUUCGCAAAGAUGCCUCGCACAACACAUGGCAGGAUCUCCGGAUUUUCGACGUUGAGGGGCCUUUGCACCAGAGUCUUGUCGACGUCCUGAGUGCUUAUGCCAUGUACAGGAGUGACAUUGGUUAUGUUCGGGGUUGCAACACAAUUGCUGCUUUGCUGCUCCUCAACCUACCCGAUGUCCCGUCCGCAUUCGUUGCACUCGCCAACGUGCUCAACCGCCCAUUACCUCUGUCAUUUUACACUGGCGACCCAGGCGCACAAGCUUCCGCAUUCAACCUUGUCAUGCAGACGCUAUCUCUCAAGUCCGCGCCUCUCCACGCACACCUUACCAAAAAGAUUCCAACUGCCGAACUCGAGCAAUCCUUGUCGGUGAUUUUGACUGCCAUAUUCACACAACAUCUCGCUAUUGACGAAGCAGCCCGCUUAUGGGACGUGUACGUCUUUGAAGGCGAUGCCCUUUUGAUUCGAGCUGCCGUGGCGCUUCUUCUCAGCCGCGAGAUGACUCUACUCGGCGCCAAAACGGCUGAAGAGGUCAAGACGAUCCUUAACGAAAGAAAUGCCAAGGUCUCUUCCGCCAGAGUUGCUGGCGAAGUGGGUGCCGAGGACAAAUUCAUGAUAUCAGUCCGUGAGGCAGGAAAAGCUUAG